AUGCAUGGGUGGGGGAAACUUGCUUCAAAUAAAAGAAAAGAUGCCAUUCCCUAUGUUGCAUCACCUUGCAAUUGGAAUCAUCGUGCUUACUUGGUGCAGCAUCAUCUCCUUCUACAAGAAGUGAAGAUCGAAGCCGGAUAUCCAUUGAAGCUUGAAGUAAAGCGAGCUAACACCCAUCGUUCAUCCGUUAGGCUAAAAAGGAGUAGAAAAUUUGAAAAGGGUAACGAAAGGUCACUCAACACAAAACUUGCCAUACUAGAUAGCAAACCUGAAACGUCGACCCACCACCAAUCGACCGUUGUGAUCCACCUCCUAAACCACCGAUCGACAGCCCGCCGCACGCGCCUCCACACGCUACCGCUAAAAGCAACUACCACCUCCGCGUUGCGACUUGAAUCUUGCGUUGACUUACGCCAACGCGCUUCGGCUCUACAGCUGCCUCACAUGUGCUUAGGUGACCAUGAUCUUGCCUUCGCGUUGCGACUUCAGUCUACGGCCUCGUGUCACGCGCUUUUCGUCGCAUAUCGCGACUCUACUGCCGUGUUGCGACACUAA